CAGCCCACGUUUUGUGAGGCCAGUAGCUCAGCGCGCCCUGGUAUCGUGAGAUGGCACGAUCGCGUCCGUGGGGGCGUGGCUGAAGCCACGAUCGCUUUUGUUUUUGUAUAAGUUCAGAGAAGAUCAAGAAAAGCAGCACACUUGACACUGCGCAAAUCUCUCCCUCUCUCGUUCUCGUUCUCACCUGAACUUCGCGAGCUCGCCACGGCCGCGGAACACAAGGCCCUGCGGCGAUGGCGGCUUCUCUCCGCGCGGCGGCGACGAGGAUGCUGCGUCCGGCGGUGCAUCCAGGGGAGGGGCUUCGCCGGGUCUUCCGCACCCAGCAGCUUUCUAAAUCCACCCGCACCUACGAGGAAGGAUCCCGUGUCUUAAGUGAAUACCAGGCGUCGCAAAUCCAGCAGAGGAAGGAGCAGCUGUAUGAUCUCAUUGCCGGCGCCGAGCCCAAUUCUGAUACCUAUUGGCUGAACAGGACUCUGCUCAAGGAUCUCUCUACACAAGUCAAGCCUAGACCAGAGGACCCUCAAUGGUGCAAGAUAACUAGAAGGAAGACGGUGUUCAAAUGGACUGCGUCAGUGGGUAUUCUUGUUACUUCUGCCGUCACUUAUUGUGCCUUGGCUUCUCGUCCUGAAAUGGUGAGGUAUGGUGAUUAUCUUGUUACUGCUGAGAGUGUGCCUAUGAUACAAGAGAGACUACACCAGCUAUAUGGACAUCGGCCUGUUGCUACCGCUGAGGGAGUGAGCAAGCAAGCUGGAUAUCAGCCUGAUGCUACUGCUGAGGGAGUGAGCAAGCAAGCUGGAUAUCAGCCUGUUGGUACUGCUGAGAGCGUGAGCAAGCAAGCUGGAUAUCAGCCUGUUGCUACUGCUGAGGGAGUGAGCAAGCAAGAUGGAUAUCAGCCUGUUGCUACGGCAGAGGGAAUGAGCAAGCAAUAUGGAUAUCAGCCUAUCCCUACUGCUGAGGGAGUAUAGAUGAGCAAUAUGGAUAUCAGCCUGUUCCUAAAGCACGUUGAAUGAAGACGAAAUGCAUCUCUGCGUUGAUGGAGAAGCAAGACAAUAUCAGUUCCAUUCCAGCACUAUUAUUAUGUAAAUAUAUAUCUAUCUAUGAUCUGCCACCUAGAACUUGAGUAGUAUUAUAACUGGAUGAUUUGUGAUCGCAUUGUAAGAUAUGUGCGAUGUUGCUGGCAUGGUUGGUAUGUUACCCUUUCAGUCUAGAACUUGAGUAGUGUUAUAACUGGAUGAUCUGUGAUGGCAAUGCAAGAUAUAUGUGAUGUUGCUGGCAUGGUAUGUUAACCUUUCAGUCUAGAACUUGGUAGUAUUAUUACUGGAUGCUCUGGGAUGGCAUUUGUAAGAUACGUUAUCCUUUCUGUUCGAGCAAAUUGUAUGGGAAUGAGUCUUAUUCAA